AUGUCAGUUUCCGCAGAUCCCCCUGGUGGUGUGUUCAGGGAUCAGCCCGUGGUUCUCACCUGCGAAGUGUCAGAGGUGACAGAGCAGGUGACCCUGGCCUGGCUGAGCAUGGAGAGAGGCAGAGGAGUGCUGGUCAAACAGGAAGUCCUUACAAAAAGAGGCAACAAGUCCCUCAGUGUAACUGUGAACAGUGUGCGUGAGGAGCAGGUCCUGUGGAAGUGUGCCGUGUUUACUGAGAACAAACUCAGAGCUCUGGUCCCCAUAACGCUCCACCUGCUCUCAACACAAACGCCACCAUCAGGGCAGUCAAACCACACCUCAGUUCCCCCUAAACAAGGUCCACCAGAAGAGGGCAGUAGUCUGAUAACUAUGGUUGCCGUGGUUUCUGCUGCGGUUCUUGGUAUAUGCAUCUUGGUUGCAGCUCUGGUGUUUUGCUGUAACAUAUCUACCACAGCUGGUGAAAUUCUUCUGUCAGCCAGAAGAGAGAGCCAUUUUACUCAGUCAGAUCCACCCUCCAUUAACACCACAGGGGCACAGAUACACAGAGGGAAAGAGGAUGUUAUUUACUCUACAGUGUCAGCCAGUGGAUCCCAACAAGACCCCAGCAGUCAAUCUAAAAAGGAACCUACAUCUAGUGUUCAAGAGAUCAUUUAUUCAACCAUCAACAUAUCCUGAGUGCUUUAUCAUAAGCGGAAAAUCCCUGCAAUG